AGAUGUAGGAUGGUCUGAUGUCCUUUUUAUUCACAUCAGCUAUCUCAAAACAUAAGAUAGGCGAACGGAAGUACGGAACCUUUGAAUCGAAUGCCCAGCCAGAAGCCUCUCUAGGAAAAUGGCUUCCUCGGCUGCUUCUGCUUUCACUCUCUCCACUUCUUCGUUUCUUUCCCAAGAGCUCAACCUGUGCACACAGACUCUGCCUCCUUUCUUUUCCCGCAACAAGAUUUUAUCCAUCAACCCUCUCAUCAUCCUUCGUCGCAGAGAGAGAAAACCGUCUCCAUUGAGCUGGGUUGCCAGUGUCCAUUCAUCAAAAUCAAUAAUUGUAUCUGGUGCUUCGGUCUUCUCAGAACCUGAGGUGUACGAGGAGGAUGAGGAAGGGGCCGAUGUUGAAAAAUUUGCUGUUUCAAUCGCUCCCACAACAAAGCCCAAGAAAGGCAAGGCCGCUUUGCCUCUCAAGAGAGAUCGAACAAGGUCUAAGAGAUUCUUGGAGAUUCAAAAGUUGAGGGAAUUCAAAAAAGAGUAUGACCUAGUAACAGCCAUAUCAUUGCUCAAGAAAACAGCAAGCACAAAGUUUGUGGAAACAUCUGAAGCCCAUUUCCGAUUAAAUAUUGACCCGAAAUAUAAUGAUCAACAGUUGAGGGCUACAGUAAACUUGCCCAAGGGAACUGGUCAGGCUGUCAAAGUGGCUGUGCUUACACAAGGUGAGAAGUUUGAUGAAGCAAAAAGUGCAGGAGCGGAUUUGGUGGGCGGAGAGGAUUUGAUAGAGCAAAUAAAAGCUGGAUUUAUGGAUUUUGAUAUAUUAAUCGCAACGCCAGAUAUGAUGCCUAAGGUUGCCAGUUUAGGAAGAAUCUUGGGCCCCCGAGGGCUCAUGCCUAAUCCAAAGGCUGGCACAGUAACAACAAAUAUACCACAGGUCAUACAAGAAUUCAAGCAAGGGAAAGUUGAAUAUCGGGCAGAUAAAACUGGGAUUGUCCACAUACCGUUUGGGAAAACAGGUUUCUCCGAUCACGAUCUUCUCCAAAACUUCCAAGCUGUUGUGAAAUCCGUAGAAGCUAACAAGCCAUCCGGUGCAAAAGGAUUGUACUGGAAAAGUGCUCAUGUGUGCUCUUCCAUGGGACCUUCCAUCCGAUUAAAUGUCAAGGAGAUGUUGGAUUUCAAGCUUCCAGUAAAUGUGUAGUUUUGCAGACCUGUAAAUUGUAGUAUCUUCUUAAAACUUUGUAUUACCUUUUCCUUUCCAGACGCGUGAUACUAUUUGUAAUCCCUGCCUGAAUGUGUUUAAAGCCAUUGAGGUCAAUUACUUUGCUAGUUUCAACUAAGGGUGCAUUUUUGAAACAUGGUUUUUGUUCCUUCCUUUUUUCCACAUCUACCAAGGAAGGGUCAAGGG